GCCGCGCCAUUCGCAAGCAGUGGCCAGCCGUGGCCAGCAUCAGCGGCACGCCGGCACCGCGUCAGGGCACCGCGUCAGGGCAGGGAGGCACGCAGGGCGCCCCGGACUCUGACAGCCCGAGAAGACACCACCGCGGCCACGCCAUGCCCGCCGCGGUCCCGGACCCCAACCCCCACCCGGGGGUCUCCGUCGGCGCCUACCUCCUGGACCUCUUGAAGCAGCACGCCAGGGAGGCCGACUUUCCCGCUCAGGUGGAGGCGAGCACGGGGAAGUCCAUGAGCUUCGCCACCCUGCUGGAGCUGUCCGUGCGCGCGGCGGAGGGCUGGCGCGCCCUGGGGCUGGCCUCGGGCUCCACGCUGGCCGUCUUCUGCAGGAACAGCGAGAUGCUGUUCCCCGCCGUGCUGGGCGCCAUCCUCCAGGGCGUCGCCGUCAGCGGCAUCGUGCCCACGUGCAGCGAAGAGGACUUGGAGUCCCGGCUGGCGAAGCUGAGCCCGGACGCCAUCCUGUGCGACUCCUCCAACGCCGACCUGGCGGCGCGCGUGGGCGCGAGGGUCGCCCCCCAGAGCUGCUUCACGGUGGCGACGGACGGCGACAGCGGCGACAGCACCAGGACACUGCAGGACGUGUUCCUGGCGGCGGGCGCCCCCGACGUGGGCACAUACAGCGCCGCGGACGUCGGCGACCUCCACGACCACGUGGCCGCCAUCUACUUCUCCUCGGGCACCACGGCGCAGCCCAAGAACAUCGUCAUCAGCAACUACGGCCUGCUCACCGGGGUGCUCUACUCCAACCUGGCGCUGCGCUGCGUGCGCGGCGAGCGGCUGCUGUGCACCUCGCUCAUGUCCUGGGUGUCGGGCCUGGGGCUGCUGCUGUCCUGCACCGCCACGGCCACCACCAGGGUCUGCGACACCUUCACCACGCCCGGCGCGCUGCUCGCCUCGCUGCGCCGCCACCAGGCGAACUGUUGGUUCACGGCGGCGCCGCUGCUGCUGAUGGUGGUGGAGGCGGUGCGGGCCGAGGCCAAGGCCGAGGCCAAGGAGGCCCAGACCCAGGCCGCGCCGUGCCCCAGCCUGCGCGCCGUGGUGGCGGGGGGCACGACCCUCGCCGCCGAGGUGGAGCAGAUGGCGGCCCGGGUCCUGCACUGCGACAUCCAGCAGGCCUACGCCUCCACGGAGUGCCUCACCAUCACGGCGGGCCGGAAGCCCCUGAGGCCGGGCUCCGUCGGCAAGGCCGUGCCCGGGGUGCGCUUGAGGAUCGUGGACGUGGACUCGGGUCUUGACAUCGAGACGCCCGGCGUCCCCGGCGAGUUUCGGGUGCACACCCCCGCCAUCAUGAAGGGCUACAAGGACCGGCCGGUGGCGUCGGCGGUCAGCUUCGACGAGCAGCGGUACUUCCGCACCGGCGACUUCGGCUACCGAGACCAGGACGGCUACGUCUUCAUCUUGGGGCGCGUCAAGGAACUGCUCAACUGCAAUGGCGUCAAAGUCGCCCCAGGCGAGUUUGAGGCCGUUCUGCGAUCCCACCCCGCCGUCGCCGAGGCUUGCGUCAUCGGCCGCCCCCACGCCACCCUCGGGGACGUCCCCGCGGCCUGUGUGGUGCUCCGGCCCGGCUGCAGCGUCACCGAGGCCGAGCUCAAGCAGCAGGUGGCAGGCCGCCUGCCUCGUCUGCAGAGCAGCAAGGCUGGCAGCAAGGGGCAUCGAGGCGGCCUCCUGCUCCUGUUCGUCGAGAGAAUACCCAAGACGCCGAACGGGAAGGUGGCUGCCAGGGACGUGGCCGCGCUCUUCGACGAUGCUCUCGCGCGCAUUCACUAGCAACGUGUCCUUUCUUCCAAAUAAAUCCGCUUUUUUCCACUUUUUA